AUGUCGAGCGAGUCACCAUUACCCACACCCGCCCAGAAUGUGGUGCUUGAUACAUCGAAGCUCACCGAGUCUUCAUCAGCAUCGGUCUGGGAUCGCAUCACCAACUGGGUCUCCGAGAACAAGGCCGUUGUCUAUACCAUUGCCGGUGUUGCCGUUGUCGUGACCGGCGCGGGUGUCGUCUACUACCUGAACGACUCCAGCAAGUCCACUCCCUCCGUCCCCAAGAAGAGCAAGAACCAGCGUCGGAAAGAGAAGAAGAAGGCCGAAGAGGAGAAGAAGGCCAAGACUGUCUCUGAUGAGUCUGCCAAGAAGACCGAGGAGUCCGCCGAGGAGCUCCCCGAGGUUGAUGAGGCUACCGUUGGCCAGUUGUCCGAAGAGACCCGCAACGCCUACGCCGGCAAGCUGAAGGCCGCCGGUAACAAGGCUUACGGAGCUAAGGACUAUCCCAACGCCAUUGACCUUUACAGCAAGGCCAUUCUCUGCAAGCCCGACCCCGUCUUCUACUCCAACCGUGCCGCCUGCUACAACGUCCAAUCUGACUGGGACAAGGUCGUCGAGGACACCAGUGCCGCUCUCGCCAUGGACAGCGAAUACGUCAAGGCUCUUAACCGGAGAGCCAUUGCCUACGAGCACCUCGGAAAGUUCAGCGAGGCUCUUCUUGACUUCACUGCCAGCUGCAUCAUCGAUGCCUUCUCCAACGAUGUCAGCCGCAACUCCCUCGAGCGCCUGUUGAAGAAGGUCGCCGAGAAGAAGAGCCAGGCUAUCCUCGAGGCCCGCACCAAGAAGCUACCCAGCGCUACCUUCGUUUCCAACUACCUCCAGAGUUUCCGUCCCCAGGUCCUGCCCGAGGGUCUUGAGGAGUCUGUUGAGUUGAGCGAGGAGUCUGGUAAGGGUCAGCUGCGCAAGGGUCUCGUCGCCAUGGCCAAGAAGACCGCUGAUGGCUACGAAGAGGCCGCUGCUGCCUUCGAAAAGGCCCUCGAGCUCGGCGAACUUGGUGACUUUGAAGGCUUGGCCCUCAACAUGAGAGCCACUUUCACCUACCUCGGCGGCAACGCCCCCGGUGCUCUUGUUGACCUGAACAAGAGUGUUGAGCUGUCACCCUCUCUGGUUCAGAGCUACAUCAAGCGCGCCAGCUUGCAUCUCGAGCUUGGAAACAAGGAUGCCGCCGCCGAUGACUUCGAGCUUGCCAUCACCCACAACAAGGACGACCCCGAUAUCUACUACCACCGUGCCCAGCUGCACUUCAUCCUCACUGAGCUUGCCGAGGCCGCCAAGGACUACCAGAAGUCGAUUGACCUCGACCGCUCCUUUAUCUACUCUCAUAUCCAACUCGGUGUGACACAAUAUAAGAUGGGCUCCGUUGCCUCAGCGAUGGCCACUUUCCGCCGCACAGUCAAGAACUUCGAGGAGGUACCCGAUGUGUACAACUACUAUGGUGAGCUUCUGCUCGACCAGCAGAACUACUCCGAGGCCAUCGAAAAGUUCGACAAGGCUGUCGAGAUGGAGAAGCAGAGCAAGCCCAUGGGUAUCAACGUCUUGCCCCUGAUUAACAAGGCUCUUGCCCUGUUCCAGUGGAAGCAGGACUUCCAAGAGGCUGAGAACCUCUGCCAGAAGGCUCUGAUUAUCGAUCCCGAAUGUGACAUCGCCGUCGGAACCAUGGCCCAGCUGCUUCUCCAGCAGGGCAAGGUCUCCCAGGCUCUGAAGUACUUUGAGCGCGCCGCUGAGCUGGCUCGCACCGAGGCCGAGAUCAUCAACGCCAUCUCCUACGCCGAGGCUACUCGCACCCAGCUGGAGGUCCAGGAGAAGUACCCCCAGCUGGCAGCCCGUCUGAACACCAUGGGCGCCAUGGGCGGUCCCGGCAUGUAA